GGAAGAAGAAAACAAAUGAUUAAAAAAUCGAUUUCGUACUCCCUUAAUUAUUUCCGGACGGGAGAUAAUUAAUUAAUUAAAAACUUGGUUUUAUAAACUUUAAUUAUAUAUAACUAACCUUUUUUGUUACUAUUUCUUCACUGUUGUGGAUUUCUUGUGAAUCUUCUUCUUCUUCUUCUUCUUCUUCUUCUAAAGCGAGCUCGCUUCACGAACAAAACGAACAAGGAGGAUUUUCGAGAUCAUUUGCUUUUUUUUCUGGUGACGACGGUGUUUCAAGAUUUCAGUGUUUUCGAUCCUGAAGAAGAAGGAGAUCUAUUGCGCUUAAAGUUCAGUGGGAGGAUUUUGCAUGGUUACUGAAGAAUACACAUUUUUUGUUUAAAGGAAUGGUGAUAGUAGUGACUUAUCAUCACCUAUAGAGAGGCUCUGUUCUUUUAUUUUGUUCUGGGGUUAGCCAUGGCUUUUGGUUCUCCUAGGAAUUCUAUAUUCGCCGCUGGAUUCCCUCGGAAGGUGUCUACUAUUGCCAUUGCCAUUGGCGGAUUGGCUUCGUUUUUUGUUUUUGGUUUGUUGCUUCGUCUUUCGUAUCCAAACAGUUCUUCAGUUGGUGGCGUGUUUUAUGGAAUUGGGACUCCUGAACAAGUUGAAGCUCCUUUGAUUUUGAGCAACCAUACUGUUAAAGGCCUUCGGAAGAGUAGCGACGUCAUCAAUGCGUUUGAUAGCAAUCCGCCUCCUGAUUCUAGCUCAGGCUCACCGGAUGUCGUUAGCAAAAACUUGCCACCUCCAGAUUUUGAUAGUGAUAGGCAGGUGGAGAAACAACCGUUGACACAAGAAAAAGAGGAUAAGGUUUCUUUGGAUACAACUGAGAAGAUUAAUAAUGUUCCGUCAGAUGAAGGUGAAGCCAAUGACACCAAGGCUGAAGAAACUCCAAGUGCAUCAUCAUCUCCUCCACAUGAUGAUGACUCUGAAACUGCGUCACAAGAACCAGAGUGUGAUUUGUAUCAAGGUAGUUGGUUUUAUGACCCUGGAGGACCUCUGUACACGAACAACUCUUGCCCUGUCCUGACGCAGAUGCAGAACUGCCAGGGCAAUGGAAGACCUGACAAGGGAUAUGAGAAUUGGAGAUGGAAACCGUCUCAGUGUGACCUUCCUCGAUUUGAUGCCAGGAAAUUUCUUGAACUAAUGAGAGGCAAGACACUAGCCUUUAUAGGAGAUUCAGUAGCUCGAAAUCAGAUGGAGUCCAUGUUGUGCCUUCUUUGGCAGGUUGAAACACCAGUCAAUCGAGGGAGCCGAAAGAUGCAGAGGUGGUAUUUUAAGAAAUCAUCAGUAAUGAUUGCCCGUAUAUGGUCAUCUUGGCUGGUCCAUCAGUUCAACGAAAAAUUCGAUUAUGCUCCUGAAGGUGUCACAAAACUAAAGCUGGAUCUACCUGAUGAGCGCAUAAUGGAAGCUAUCCCGAAAUUCGACGUGGUUGUCCUCUCAUCAGGGCACUGGUUUGCAAAGCAGUCUGUCUACGUAUUGAAAGACGAGAUCGUGGGAGGCCAAUUAUGGUGGCCAGACAAAACAAAACCAAUGAAAGUCAAUAACGUGGAUGCAUUCGGAAUAUCAGUUGAAACAAUCCUUAAGUCCAUGGCUACACACCCGAACUACAGCGGUUUGACCAUUGUGAGAACAUUCUCACCUGAUCACUACGAAGGUGGUGCUUGGAACACAGGUGGUUCAUGCACCGGGAAAGAAGAACCCAUCGUUUCCGGAAAACUAGUGAAAAACGGAUUCACAGAGAUAAUGCACGAGAAGCAGGCGACGGGAUAUAAACAAGCUGUGGAUAAAGUCGCAGAUAACUUGAAGCCAAAAUUAAAGCUGAUGGAUAUUACAGAAGCAUUUGGAUAUCGCCACGAUGGUCAUCCUGGUCCGUACAGGAACCCUGACCCGAACAAGAUCACUAAAAGGGGACCAGAUGGACGGCCUCCGCCUCAAGACUGCUUGCACUGGUGCAUGCCAGGUCCGGUCGAUACAUGGAACGAAAUGGUAUUGGAACUCAUAAGGAGAGACAUCGAAGGCACGAAAAGGAAAAGCUCAUCAACUUGACCUUGUUUGAAAAGUCAAGGCUGAGAGAGCAAAAUAUUACACUACACGACUUAUAUACACUAUGAAUCUGAUUCUUGAUUACUACUGAUAAACCGAUUAUUAUAAACUCACUUGUAGAUUUGUUUGUCAGCCACGGUGAGUUAGGAUUAGGAUUGUUUCAGAUCAUAUUUGUUCCACUAUACUUCUUGAGAUUGAAAGUUAUAUUUUUUUUUUACUUAAAUGGAGUUUGGAGUUAUGAGUUGA